CUGUUUUCCCGACGCGCUGCAUUUUAUCGGACGUGUCUCCGCGUACCGGUCGAAAAUAAUUAAAGUUUUACUAGUGAAAAAGUACUAUUUUCCAGUUGAAUUGUAGGUUAAUAGUUACGUUCCAGUGUGGAGCAAAGUGCCCAACUGAAAAUGGAUGAAGAAACGCCGGAAUUGUUGUUUUUCGACACUUUUUCUCAUGACACGUACGAGAAACUGAACUUGGACCUGGUGCAGUUCCCGAAGCCGGUUUACAUCACGGAGGUGCGCAUCAUUCCGCUGGGUGCCCGGGUUCAGGCGGAUUUCCCUGGUGGUGUGCGGCUGGGAGCGACCAAUCCGUCGCAGUUCAAAAUCGCGCUAUUUGUGAACGAUUUGGGAAAGCCGGGUGCUCCGACUUUUGAGUGCCUGGGGGAUUUCGAGUACAAUCAGAAUAAUUGUAUUCAUUUGGAGUGUGGUAAGCCGGACGAUGGGAGCCGGAGGAUUCCGACGGAUGGGCUGGUGCUGAAGGGGUUCUACACGACGAUUACGCUGGCGGUAUAUGGAAUUUUGACGGCGAACAUUGCGGAGCCGAUUGUUUCGCCGCGGGAGACCACUCCGCUGCCGCCGCAGGAAGCGCCGGUGGAGAUUGUGGUGAGUGAUGUGAUGACGGGGGGAAUUGCCGAACCGGGAGGGGUGGGACCGGAGUGGCCGGAAGAGCCCCCAACGGUGACGGUGGUUCCGGCGGAGGUUUUCGUGCAGAAGGAGUAUCCGGAGGCGGAUGGAGAGGAUAUUCCGAAGGAUCCGAGGCCGUACGCGAGGAGAGUGGCCGCGGCGGUGGUUGUGGCCAGUCCGGCUGAGCCGAGUUCCCCGAAGAUGAUGGAAUGCGACGUGGUGGAUAAGCGGGGCAAGAGGGUUUCCCGCUCGACGGAACGCCAGAUGCAUUACGAAACGGGGGUCAGGUCGCGGGGAAGGAGCCAUGAGUAUUCGCGGUCGCCCAGUUUGUGCAAGGAGUAUGGCGGCGUGGGCGUUGGGCCGAAGCGAGAAUGGUCCAGAAGCCCGGACUAUGGGAACAGAUCUAGGAGGAUUCGCAGCAGUUCGUACGAUAGGGUGAGGCGAGGUUCGUCUUACGAUUUGGAGAAGGAUGAUCGACGCAGGCCAAGAUCGCCGAUCGAUUCACCGAGAAGACCGCGUUCUCCCGAUCCCAUGGACUCGUCGAACGAUUACGAAGAGGAAGAUUUCAGACAUGGAGCUCCCGGUGGGGGACAUGGAGCGAAGUAUGAGAAGAGAACGGUAGAAGGACGGAUUAAGGCAGCUGCUGGAGGAGCAACGGGAAGUCCUGCAUCGGCAUCGGCCACUCCGGUAGCUUCGCCGGCUCUGAUCCCAGAAGAGGAUGCCCUCUCGGCUACGGAACAGUUCGAACCGAUUCUCAGCGAUGAGGAAAUCACGGAGGAUUACGAUUUCGAUAUGGAUUACGAGCCGACAGAUGAGUAUUACAAGGCGUUCAAUCCUUUCGUAGCCGUACUUCAAAAGUACACGCCGGAUGAGGGCGCGGAUGCUAUCCCGGCUGUAGUGAAGCAUUUGGAGAAUCUCCUGAAGAAUACGAAGUACGGAGCAAAGGCGACGAUCGAUUUCGGCGGGGAGUCGGCGGAUUUCAAGGAAGGGUUCGUUGAUUACACCGAGCAAUGCGUGCAGCUUUUGAAUCAGAUCUUCGCCCACGAUGAGUGGAAAGACAAAUUCGAGAAGUCGGUCAACGGAUGGAUAGACGGCAAGAGCGAAGGAGUUGAGAUUUUGAUGAAUUGCAUCAAACUGGGGCUCGAUUGGGAUCGAGCGAUGACACAGCCGCAGCCGGCUUCCAAACUGCGCCACAUGAAGGCUGGAAUAAGGCUGACCGAAUUCCUUGGAUCGACGGAAGCUUUCAUCCAGGUUAUUCUCGACCAGAAAGACUUCAACAUCUUCGAUAAACUGCUCGGUUUGUACUCGCAGAGCUACAUGGCCCUAUCCAUCAAGUUGAUGAUCAUCCGGUCGAUCUACGCCUGUCUGGACACGAAGCGUGGAUUGGAUUACUUCCUUAGCCCGGCGUACAACGGCUACCAGAUUCUUCUGCAACUGAUACAGGAGAACCCAUCAACGCGAAUCAGUUUCGCCUUAAAAGCGCUACUCAAGAAGAUCAAUAUGUACGAAAACCUUGAUCUGAUUCGCAGCACCAUCUCGGACAUGUACGCCAUCCGCAGCGAGCCAAACUUCAAACCCGAUCCAGCGAUGGUCUCCAUCCUGGAGAACUGCUUUGCCGAACUCUCCAAGGCCCUCACCUGGGACGCAAUCGCAUACAGCCAGCCGAAACGCUUCCUUCCGGUGUCCGCCAAGUUCGAAAUCCACAAGGACAUCAAGUCGGCUCUAGCCGGCAAUCGUAGCUUCGUGGCGUACUUCAACGUGCACAAACUGCUGGAGACGAUCAUUCUGCUGCUGGAGAUGAAACUUCCCUUCUCGUCCCUCAUAGGAGCCGUGUACGAUCUCCUUUCGGCGCUGCUAAAAAAUCACCAAAAACUCCACUACCUAGCCGAUCACAUCGAUUCCGUGAACGUUCUGCUCAAGAUCCUAUUCCAGCACUGUCCAACCCCCGACGAAUCCCACCCGGAGGACCUCCUGCACGAGCUGACCCGCGGCCAGCUGCUCGGACUCGAAAUGUCUUACAAGCUACAAACGGUCUUCUAUCUGGACGCCAUCGGCCACACCAAGGACGACCUGGACAAGCUGGUCGAACAUCUGCAGGGGCUGUUCUAUCUGGCGAACAGCUUCGGCAAGCGCUACGUCGUCGAGGUCCUGUCCAUGGACGGCAAUCUGAAGCUGUUCCUGGAUCUGAUCGAAAGCGAAAAGCGUGCCCUGAUGAAAGACGGAUCGCCCGGGGUCAAGCACAAGUCCCCGAUCUUGAGCUACAGCGUAGAUUUGGUCGAUUGCGUCGUCCGGCACUGUCCGAACGUCGGAUAUCUGGUGAAGCACGGCGAAACUCUGCUAAACCUGGUAAAACAGCACGAGCAGUUUGAGUCCUCGGUGAGCGCGAUGCUCCAGGAGAUGGCCGUCUACUUGAAGCCUUUGGAGAUUCACGAGUUGUUCACCAACGAGGACAUCAAUCCGCUGGUAGAGCUGAUGACGCGUAGCUUGGAGUUCAUAACGACCUUCCCCGGAGAUCUGAUCAUGGCGCUGCGAUUGCUGCGUUACUUCGGCAUCCCGGAAUUCGACGGCCAAGGCCAGCCCAGCCACAUAGAACUCAAGUACAAGUACACGAUCUUACAGUUCUACUCGGCCGAUGGCAAGACUCUACUGAUCUCCAUUCUUGAGAAGCUCAACACCUAUUUCGACCAACCGGCAAUCCACGCCUCAAGCCUGGCCAGCAUGCAAGGUAUUCUCCUCACCCAGAUCCUCACGCCUCUGAUCCAAGUCCUCCGGAAACUUAUGACCUACUUGAUCGAAUGUCGCAACACCGAGUUCAAAGACCUUACCGUCAUCGAACCGCUUCUCCGCACCUACGCCCUCAUGCAAAGCGUUCCCCCAACCGCCACCGCCAUCAACGACGCCCGGGAGAUCCAGAAGGACAUCAUCAAGAUACUCCUGGCCUUCACCCAACCGACCCCCAUGGACGGCCUAGACACCAACAACAUCCACAAGAGCCUCUGGACCCAAAUGGUCGGCGAACUGAUCAAGUUCAUACUGUUCGGCCCCAACUACUUCAUUCCAGGACUGCUCGUAUUCUCCGAACUUCUCCCUCUCCCCCUCCCCAUUCAAUGCCGCCAGGAGUUGACCCCCGUCGAAAUCAACAAACUGGUCAACGAACGCCAACUGUGGUCGGCCCAUCUCCACCCGCAAAGCCCCUCCAUAACCGAAAUGAUUCAGACGAUCUGUCCCUCCAGCUACACGCCCCUCCUGGUCAUCUUCAGUCGAGUUUGUCUGCAACUCUCCGAUCUGGCCCCGAACAUGACCCUGCUCAUCUCCAAAGCUAUCACCGAUCUGAUCGUGCAGGAACCGCUUCUCCCAGGAAACCUGGCCAGCACUUCGCACGCUCGCCUCUUCAGCUUCCUGGGCAGUCUCGUGUGCCACGCCUCCGUCAAGGUAUCCGUCUUAUCGAUCCUCUCCGGUCGCAUCAUGGAACUGAUGACCAGCAUCCUUCUCAACCCGGGCCAAACCCCCGCCCACCAGCAAACCCAGGAGAACAUCUACAUGGUGUUCCAGAACCUGCUCGAUUCGGAGUUCGCCAUGAUGUUCGGGAACAUUGCGCCGAUGAUGCAGCUGGCGUGCUCUCUGCCGCCCAAGGAGAUCAUCGAAAGCUGCUGCGCCACCAUUGUGGAGAACAUCUCCAGCGAGGAGGUCGGAGCCGGCGUGAUGACGGCGGCGCUGCGGACCAUGCUGCUGCUGACCGAACAUGACAUCACCUUCACCACCUUGAUUGCGGCGAUCGAGAAACGCAAGGAUCCCAUCAUGGCUAUCGUGCAGAAGUUUGCCGACAAGGCCCGCGAAAACCCGGACACCUAUCGGCAAAUCUUCAUCCUUCUAGGGGAGUUUUGGCGCUCGCUCGUCAUGAUCGACGAGACCUCACUCGUGGGUUUCAACCUGCCCAAAAGAACAGUCAAGCUUACCCCGGAACAGUUGGCCUCACUGGUGUUCCUUCCGUCCCGUAAGGAAGGCCAGGAACAUUCCGUGGCGGACUGCACCGCCAUGCUCAAAGAAUUGCUCGUGUUCUUCAAAAAUGACAUCAAACCGAUUGAAGCACCAGAGCCGGAAGUGGUGGAAGACAGUUCUCAAUCCGUUCCGGCGGUUCCUAUCGUGGCUGCCGACACGCUUGAGGAGAAUAUACUCUAUCUCAUGGAUCAGCUGAAGGACGUCGCUCCCGGAGUGAUGGAAACUCAGUUCGAUUUCGGAGUUAUCGAACCACUGCCGCAAGCAGAAGGCAUCGUAACCCAGUACAGCUCUCGGAACGUGUUCAUCGUCAGCGAGGAGUUCGAGGAUCAGCUCAAGGCCAGCUAUUGGUUGAGCUUCUCGCCCUGCGAGGACGACCUGGAGCGGGAGCAAAUUCCGUGCGAUUUGAACGAACUGGCCGUGAGUUGCCUCAGUGGAGAUAUUAACCUGACGUCGGACUGCAAGCGUUUGCUGCAUUUGUCGGCUUCGCCGCACUCGAACCGGGAUCGCGUUGCCACGGCUCCUUGCUUCCGCACUAGGCGCGUCGAGGUCGAACCCAGCACCGGGCGGCCGGAGAAGAAGAUUUUCGCAACCCCACUGCGAGGCCGUGGUUUCACCCGUGCCCCGAUUACACGCAGUGAUCUGUUCCGCUCGCGGCCACCAAACACGUCGCGUCCCCCCUCUCUGCACGUGGAUGACUUCCUGGCGUUGGAGACUUGCGGUGCGCAACCAACUGGCCCCACCGGAUAUAACAAGCUGUCCCGGGACAUCAUCACCAUCCGGGGCAGUGGACGUGGGCGUGGCCGUUCGUUUUCGGACCGUGGUCGGUCCGGGUCUGGUUCCGGCUGGGGACAAGGCGGAGGUGGUGGCGGUGGAGGAAGUGGUUGGUCGGGUGGCCACGAUGGCCCGUCCGGAUCGGGAGGUGGUAAGCAUUUUGGAAGUGGUGGUGGUGGCGGUGGAGGGCACAGUCACUACCGGGAACCGUCGCAGAAUCACUUUGGGGCGCCACAUGUGAGAUCGCGCUCCGGUCGUGGGUUCAGCCGCUACGGUGGACGACCCUAUUCGCGACCACUUUAGAAGGCGUGAAAUUGUAACCUUAUUACCGCUAAGGUUGGUACUCUUUUCUUUAGAAACACACUUUAAUGAUUAAAAUUAGCUUGAAUCGUAAUAAAUUUUAUGUUUUUUUUAUACGUAUCGCUUUCAAUAAAUAGAUAAUCGCAA